AUGGAACGGUUGAGAAUGUACGUUUUCGUUGUGGCGCUGUGCUCGGUGUGUCUGAUCAAAGAGAUUGCGCUAGUGUCAAAAACACUGAACGCACCCAACGAUCAGAAGAAGUAUGCUAGCACACCAGUAUCGUUUGCUGACCGGAUCACCACUCUCUGUGCAUUCGCUGUUGCCAGCACAAACACGUGGUCAAUUCUCACAGAUCUCUAUGUGUCGGUAAUGGUGCAACUGAUUGGUGUUAAGCAACAACACGAUUCGGAUCGUAAUCAAGUCAAUAAAUCGAAGAAACACAUCAAAUCGCUUUCGCCGAAGCGUAAUGCGACCAUGUUCGAUAUAAGUUUGAGAAAGGCAAGCCUCGCUCUGAUGGAAUCGGACAACGCCAAGCAGAACAUGCAUAUAGUGAACUGUACACUUCACGAGAGUAACGCGAGAUUGUCGAGUGGUGUUGCCGAUGGCGAGAAUGAGGAGCCGUUGACGACCUUACGAGUAACACUUGGUGCUAUCGAAGGAGAACUUCCAGUGGCCGCACACUCACUCCACGACGUUGUAAUGAGACAUGGUCCUCAGGUA